AAUAAGAUUUCCCGCCUUCAGGACAAUCACCUUUAUUAUCGACUUGUUCAUCAGAACCUAGAAGAGAGGCCCGAUGGAGGGCAGUGUCAAUCGCUGGACAUUUGGCGGCUUGGUGUUCGUCGGGAGACCUACGUUACACUCGUAUAAUAUGAUUCAGUUUUGCCAGCGCUAUUACGGGGUAAGAUUUGCGAACCGUGCUUGAAUAUCUCGAAAAGUGCGUCGCACGUAAGUGCGAAGCGUGAUAUGAAAUAGUGAAUUGAAUCGUGAUUGAAAUGGAUAGGCGAUACUAGCCGCGCGUCAUGGGAUUGUGAAAGAUAUCAAGAGCGCGUAUGAAGGUGGCAGGAAGUAGGAAAAGGGCCAGGGAUACAACGCUCACGCCCGGUUGUCACGACGCCAUGUUUCCCCGAAGUGGUCUACCGAUGUCGAGUGUCCCUUUGAUGAUACUCUGCUUUUUCGUACUUAUCGUCGCCGGCCUUGACGAAUCCGGUGUAGAAAAAAUAGAAACAACUGAACCAAAAAAUGAGAACCCAUCGGUACUAGAAAUUACAGCAUCUCAAGCUUUAGAGGGUAUCGAAGCUGGUAGUACACCUUCACUGAUAUGUAAACUUAAUGUACCCGGUCAAAUAUGGUGGACUAGCAAUGGAAGAAACCUCACUACUAUUAAAGAUUAUGAUUCUGGAGAACGUUUGGAUAUCAAACAAGCUAGCAGAAAUGAUACAGGAGAUUAUAGGUGUUCAGCACAAACUACAGACGGGGAAUUAUUGGAAAAAGAUGUUCAUAUCAGAAUUAUUGAGCCAGGUAAAAUAGCACCUGGAGAGGAUAUUCGAGCAAAAGUAAUGGAGUCAGUUAACUUGACCUGUCACAUGUAUGGUUAUCCAUUAACACAAUUUGCUUGGUUUAAAGGGAAUGAUUCAGAAAGUACCGAACACUUGAAAGACUUUACCACUAUUACACAGAUAAAUGAGACUUACACCGUAUUAACUUUGGAAUUUUCAAGUUUGACACGUAAAGAUAAUGGAACGUAUAUUUGUAAAGCACGCGACUAUAGCAGCGAAAUUAGUGCCUAUAGACAUCUUUUUGUAAUUGAUGUACCAAAAGUUAGCAUUGAUUUCAUGAAGGCUGUUGGUGCUGGAAGUAUAUUUUUGAAUUGGACUGUAAACGAUGGUAACGAACCUAUCAAAAAAUAUUUUAUUCAACAUAUGAAGAAUGGAACUAAUCAGUAUCAAUAUUAUUCCGAGGAAAUUGGGGGUGGAAAUUCGAGUUACGUUUUAAAAGGUUUUGAAAGUGGUACAGCGUAUCAAAUUGGAAUUAGUGCUGCAAAUGUAGUAGGUACAUCGCAUGUAAGACUUGAUCCACGUUGGAUCACUACACUUGAAAAAGAUCCUAUAUUUGUGCCAAAAGUUUCUGUCAAUGGAGUCACUGAAAAUUCCAUUACAAUAGGCUGGACAUUGCCACCGCCUGAUUUAAAAGAACACGUUCACUAUUACAAUUUAAUGGCUACUCAUGGAGACCAAAAAAGAGAAGCGGUAUAUCCCGCGCAACCACUUACUGUAUACGCGUUUGUUGAUCUCGAUCCCGCUACAAUAUAUAAAUUUAAAAUUGCUGCAUGUAGUGAAUAUACAAAAGAGUGUGGAAAUUGGAGCGCCGAGGUGAAUGGUACUACUUUAGACGGAGUGGCCAGCCCUCCUAAAAAUUUAUCCGUUAGUUGUCGAUUCGAUAAUAUCAGUAGUUCCAGUUUUAUUUCCAUUACAUGGGUUCAUCCAGAAAAGCCAAACGGUGUUAUUACUCGUUACAAUAUACAAUUAACCGGUGUUGCUAAAUUUAAGAAUGACAUGGGUCAUUUAGAUAUUGAUAAUUGGGGGCCCCAGAACCGGAGCGUUCAUAAAAAAGAUAGUGCAAAUUUUAAUCAAAUUCCACCUAAUACAAAUUACACGGUUCGAGUACACGGCGUGACGAGAUCCCGUACACCAGGAAAGGAUGCAAUUGGUAAUUGCACUACGCCGGUUACCAUUCCAGACAGAGAUAGUUUAAAUAUGCGAUCAUGGCGAAAAAUUGAGAAUCAAGGUAGACAGCUGUUUAAAUUGUACCUUCCGCGUAUAACGGAAAGAAAUGGUCCAAUAUGUUGCUAUCGAGUAUAUCUGGUAAAAUUAGCACCUCAGAAAAGUGUUACCGAUUUACCACCACCUGAAGAAAUUGGUGUUUAUUCAUAUCAGUAUGCGCAUAAUUCACCUUCUGGCGGCGCUUACAUGGCUGAAAUGUUUGAUAGUGAUCAAUUGAUAUCAGAGAUUUUCCUCGGUGAUGGCGAAUCAUUUAACGGCAGUACUAUGUGCAAUAAAUGUAUUGGACUUCGGCCAAAAGCCGCUCCACCGGUAUUACAUUUUGUUCCGGAAGUUCAAACAACCGCCUCAACACCCAAUACGACAGUUAUCACAACAACUGCAGCAACACCGGUAACAACUACUACUACUACUACUACUACUACUACUACUACUAGUACUACUACUACUACUACAACUUCUACCUCGCCGACAACUACCACUACCCAAGGAAUAGAAACGACUAUUCCGAAUAAAGUAGACAGCAAUUACACAGAGAGUGUAGAAAGAAGAAAAAGGGAGAAUACAGUUAUUCAGAAAACAAAGAACAACGACGGAUCUUCUGAAAUACCACAAGAUGGUUUUCUCGAUGAAAAAUCAAACUACACUGGUUUUAUCGAAGUUAUCGUGUUUGGAAAUCAAGGAGAUCAGCUUUUACCAGCCUACAGUAAUUACUUUAACCCUCUUUAUGGAGGAUUAGAUCCUGGAUCUAUGGUAUCGGCAGAAGUGACCACGCUUAGCGUAAUUUUACAAAUUUCCAUUGCCCUUAUACUGAUCAUCAUCAUACUUCUUAUUGCGCUUUGUAUACUGCAUAGAUAUACAAAACGUGUUCGGCAAAGAGGAGAAGAAAUUAUAACUUUGAGAAAUAGUUUCAGACAUUUGUGCAGAAGUCUGAGAGGAAGGCAUCAGCUCGUCGCAGCUAGUCCACCGGAUAUGCCUCCUAUUCCAAAAAGCGAAUUGCUUCAGUCUUAUCUUGAACGACACCGGGAUUCCGAUUAUGGCUUUCAGCACGAAUUUGAACUGUUGCCGGAUAGGUUUACGGAUCGUACGACAAGAGCUUCGGAGGCUCGCGAAAAUCUGUACAAAAAUCGUUAUCCAGACAUAAAGUGUUACGAUCAGACGAGAAUAAGACUCGCACAAAUGGAUGGAAUUUGUGGUUCUGAUUAUAUAAAUGCAAACUUCGUUUUGGGAUACAAAGAACGCAAGAAAUUUAUAUGCGCUCAAGGUCCGAUGGAAAAUACUGUUUGCGAUUAUUGGAGAAUGAUUUGGGAACAACAUCUUGAACUUAUACUCAUGUUGACAAACCUCGAGGAAUAUUCGAAAACAAAAUGUGCAAAAUAUUGGCCGGACAAAAGGGAAACAAAAAAUUUUGGUGAUAUCACUGUUGAACAUAUUCGAGAAAGAGCUUACUCCGAUUACGUCGUUCGUGAAUUAAAAAUGACACGAUUGGGAGAACGAGAUGCACGUACGAUUGUGCAAUAUCACUUUUUAGUUUGGAAAGAUUUCAUGGCACCGGAACAUCCGCAUGCGAUAUUGAGGUUCAUAAAAAGAGUGAACGAAGCUUACUCGUUAGAGAAGGGGCCAAUAUUAGUACAUUGUAGCGCAGGUGUUGGACGAACAGGGACAUUAGUUGCAUUAGACUCUCUGUUACAGCAACUUGCAGAAGAAGGUCAAGUUUCAAUUUUCAAUACAGUCUGCGAUCUAAGACAUCAGAGAAAUUUCUUAGUGCAAUCAUUGAAACAGUAUAUCUUUAUUUACCGUGCAUUAAUGGAAAUGGCACAAUACGGUGACACCGAAAUUCCAGCAUCUCAGCUUAAAGCUGCAGUCGCGAAAUUGAGACAAAGAGAUAACGGUAAAGAAAAAUGUAGAAUGGAAGAGGAGUAUGAUAAAAUUAACUCUGUGUUAGAAGAUAGAAAAUCAUUUUCCGUGGGCGGUGGGGAAGAAAACAAGAGUAAGAACAGAAGCGAAUUGAUAAUACCGUACGAUAGAAAUCGAGUAAUUCUUACACCUGUUCCGGGUAGAGAACAUUCGACUUACAUAAACGCCUCAUUUAUUGAGGGCUAUGACAAUUCUGAAUCGUUUGUUAUUACUCAAGACCCAUUGGAGACUACUAUAGCAGAUUUCUGGCGAAUGAUCUCAGAGCAAUGUAUCUCAACAAUAGUAAUGUUAUCUGAUUUGAACGAAGGUCCACGUAAGUGUCCACGAUAUUGGCCCGAUGACGAAACUGUAUAUGACCAUAUAAGAGUUAGAUAUAUUCAAAGCGAGAGCUGUCCGUACUAUACUCGUCGUGAAUUUUGCGUUUCUAACACGAAAACUGACGAAAAUGUUGUUGUGACUCAAUAUCAGUAUCAUGGUUGGCCGACAGUAGAAGGAGAAGUACCUGAAGUGACACGCGGUCUCAUUGAACUUGUAAACCAAACUCUUACAAAUGAUACAGAAUCGAGCGGUUCAUUAGUUGUACACUGCAGUUAUGGAUCUGAUAGGAGCUCUAUGUUCGUCGCCCUUAGCAUAUUGGUACAGCAAUUAAGGACUGAAAAACGCGUAGAUAUCUUUACAACAACGAAAAAGCUACGUUCUCAAAGACAUGGAAUGAUCAGCACUUUUGCACAAUAUGAAUUUUUGCAUCGUGCUAUCGUUAAUUAUUCGGAUCUUCAUAAUUUAGCCGACGAUGAACCACCAGCCUCUUAAUACCAAGAUACAUAAUGCUGGAAUACCAUAAUAAUAUUUGAUGAAUGUGUGCGUAAAGACAAUUAACGUUCAAACAAACAAGUGAAAAACGUAUAAAUGCUCAAAGGAACUUUAUAUUGGGCCAACCAAAGAAAUUAUUAAUAUAUUGGUGAACAAGUAUAUCAUGAAGUUAGACUGACUCAUAUGGGUGCAAAUGAAAAUAGCAACUUUUGAUAUUUCGAGCACAGACUACCAAAUUAUGUGUACUAAAAAAGGAAAAACCUAUUACACGGAUUAUGCAGUAAAUAUUUCACAUUGACAAAUCGAAUUAUGAUUAAACUAAAUGCAUAAUUGUUUCGAUGUAAUUGACAAAUUAAUCGGUUGGUUAAUUGUUACAAAGUGCAGUACAGUGAUGACUUUCGUGAUACCAUGCUCUCAACAACGUUGUGAAUUUAUCUCAAUGAUUUAUUUUUAUCGAUAAUAUCAAGGAAAGGAAAAGAAAAUAGUGUAUCAAAAAUUUUUGUGAUUGAAAUGGAACAUUUGAGGAAAGCACUAAUGCAACAAAGUAAGUGCUUUUAUUUAAAUUUAAUUUUUUUUUUUUAAUUAUAACAAUUAUAACUAUUCAAUGGAUUAGUGAAAGAUCGAGCAUAUUUAAUAAGAUGUAUGAAUACCCUGACAAAUUGACCAUAUAUACCUUACCAAUCUAAUAUUUAAUCGUGUCUUUGUUUUUUAUAUUGUAACGUUUAUAAAAUAUCUAGUUAAAUUUAAAAUGCACAUUGAAAUUAUGAUUCAUUCAAAAGCUGAUAAACUUUACGUUAGCUUUUAUUUAAAUUUGUCUUUUUUAUCUGGUCUUUAAGCACGAUCAAAUAUUGUAUAGAUGGUACAGUUAAUAUGGUUUUAAGCUGAAUUAGAACUAGAUUGUAUUCUUCCAAAAUGUUUCUACUGGCAUGUGUUGUUAUCCUACCGUUCAAUGACAAAGAGAUCAAAUGCUGAUAUGAUCUACUUUAUAUGUUUACAACUACUAAUAAUCACGCACGCACGCACGCACGCAUGUGUGUAAGUUUAUUUGUAAGAUACGUGUCAUAUACAUAUAUAUGUAUACAUAAGCGUGUGUGUACACACGCCUGCGCUAAUUUUUCUUCUAGAAAGAAAGACUGAUAUUCUUAUUCAGUUCGAAAUGCGCGAAGAACAGCACGUACCUUGUUUGUACGGCAUGUAAAAUUGCUGUGAAUUUGUAACCACGAGAAGAUCAUUUUUUUACUUUUUCAUACGGGAGGACAAUUAGAGAUAUUUAUGUGUGCGGCAUGUUCGGAAAUGUGCCUUGUAAGUCACCGAUAAAAUGUAACACAUAAUUGGAGGGCUUACACGGCACAACAGGAGUUAGGUUUCACUUGAGAAAUAUUAAGUGAUGUAGGUAGUCCUUGCAUAGAUUUCACGAAGAAAUAAGAAUACCUCUGUCUGGAAUGGAAACAUAAUUUUUAUGUUUAAAAAAAAAAAAAAAAAAAAAAAGAAGAAGAAGAAGAAGAAAAGAAAGAAAGUAGUAAGAACUACCUAUAACUAUUAAUAUUCACGGUGGAUGAAAUGCUGAGAUGAGAAACGAACACAAGUUAAUGAGAUUAAUAUGAAUAAGGAAAGAAAAAAUGGAAUCUUUUUUGAAGUAAAAUAAUUACGAAAUCAAUACGUUACAUUUUCUUCGCACGCUCGUUCAUUUCUAGUCAAGUUUUAACUCCGGCACGUGCGCUGCUAAGCCAUUCACUUAUGGCCAGGGGACAAUCAUAUUAUAAAUUUUGAUUUACGCAUCGCAUCGGUCAGCCAGAUUUUUUUCUUUCCUUUCCGUAUCAAUUUUCUUCAUUCCAUUAUCGUGCUAAUGCACAUCCCUACUUGAUGUACAUGUGUGUAUAACCGGUUCACUCCAAUCGGGAGAAUUAAUUAAUUAGUUGCUAGUUUACGCUUCGAUUAUGUUAUAUAAUUGAUAGAUAUGUAAGAGACGAACAUAUGCUCCGUCUGUAAUUGAAAUCAUUAUCAUCGCCUGUCACUGUUGCUUACGUAUUAAUCAAGCAGUGUAACAAUAUUUGUUUUAUGCUAAUCAUUACACAAACAAUUGUUAUAUUUCUGAACGCUCUGAAAAGGUACAAAGUGCCUAAGAAUUUCCGCCUAUUCAAGUUUUUGUAUGAAAUUUAUAUUUUUACAGAAUCUAAUGCUUUUAACUAAACAUCUCAUUCUUAACAAAUAUUUUAAUUAACAUGUUCAUCUAAUUUCACUGGUUGUAAUACAGUGUGUACAAUGGUUAAAUGGGAAUAUUUUAAACAUAUUUUAUACCUUUUUUGUUUUUGUUUUUUUUUUUCAAACAGCAAAACUUUUACAUAUAUAUUGUAUAUAUAGAAUUCAAUAUAAUUUUGUGAUAUUACAAUUUAUUAUCAUCGCAUUAUCUUUUAUUUGCAUUGAAUAUUCGUUUACGAUGAAUUUGGUCGGUAGACUAAAUUAUACGUAUGGUGGAAAUUCCUAAACAUUUUGUGUCGUAGUUUAUUGUGUACAAAAUUUUUUGAAAAUACUAUGGACACGCACAAUUAUAUCUAUCAAAAGUAACCUUAUGAAUUUUUUAUACUUUUUAAAGUAACAAUUUACAAGUAUAGCGCCUUACUUGUAGUAAACCUAUCCGUUUUAAUUUAUAUUAUAUUGCUACUAGUGAGAGAAUAAGUGAUGUUUGAAUAAUGAAACAAUAACUGUUAUUUAUACGAUCUGCGAUAUAUGAUAAUUGCGAUUUUAUUAUUUAACAAGAGUUCAGACAGAAUUAGUAAUUGUUUUAAAUUUUUAUACAGCUGAUAUCUACAUUAUGAACAUGGAAAUGCAUAACUCAGAACAAUAAAUGUAGUGAUUGUAUAAACACUCGUACUAGAGUAUAUACAAUUGCUAAUUUUAUAAUCGAAUUUUUUUAUAAUUAAUUACAUGUGUUGUUCUUGUUACGCAACUUCUCGAUUUAGGAUGUGUAUAUAGAUACACCGAACAUUUUUACAACCAGUGUAUUAAUUAGAAAGAUUAAAAGUAUUGUUGUGAAUUAAUCUAUAUAAUUUUUUUUAUUUUUGCCAUGACAAGGAUUCUUAUAUGAUCCAAGAAAAAAAGAAAAACAAAGUUUCAAAUGAAUAGCAUGUGUACUCUUUUUAUUAUUUCGUAAAGUGCAAACGUGCUAUUAUUAAUAAUGUGGAAAUACCUCAGAUACAAGUUAAAGUUAAUGGCAGUCUCGAGGUUUGCCAUUCUCUCACAGAAAAAGGUAAACAUUACAAAGGCACACAUUAUUAUUGCAUCGGGCUGUGUUACUAUGUUAGUUUUCUAUUUAAAUCAAAAUCGUAGUUCUUAAAAUUUCAUUGAUUAACAAUCUGUAAUUAACUUUAAUUCAUUUCGAGGUAAAUGGCUUUAUGUAACUGGAUCAGGAAGAUAUAGCGCAAAUAAUACAGCGUGCCCUGUAAGAACGAGUGCGUGACGCGUUUCUUGUAAUACCUAGGCGAUUCAUAAGAAGUAAUGUGGAGACGGCGGUUUUUUCAUGGAUAAUAAUUCAAGUAGAAUGUAUUAAAUACUAUGCUGUGCCCAGAAAAAGGUGACUGAUAAUGUAUCUGUCACUUGUUACAUUAAAGAUGCCAUUCAAUGCUAAAUUUGCCCUAGUACCGAGAGAAACAAUAGCAUUAAGUAGAGUAACCGAACGAGCUAGCAUAGAAUUUUGUAAAUUACACUAUUGCCAUAGCAAAGAGGUAUGAUAUUGUGAAUAUGAUUGUGCUGCACUUGGCAAUGAAUUAUAAAAUAUGAAAUUGAAAUAAAUUUGUGUACAAAAAGAAAAUUGUCAUCAUUAAAUGCAAAUGAUAAUUUUAGCAGCACAAACUUAUUACACUUAAAAAUAAUAAUAAUAAUAAUAAUAAUAAUUACUCGAUGUUGCAGUUUAUUUUGCAAGUUAAAAUAUUUGCUAUUAAAAUUCAUUUACUAUUUUAAUAUAAAAAAUAAGAUUUUAAAAGAUACCGGGUAAGGAGAAUUAUCAAGGGCAUUCUUACAUUUGUGCUUACAAUUUUAUUUUAAUCAUGCUUUGUCUGUCCAUUGCUGGAAGUUUUUAUUGCACAAGGAUAGGUUCGAAUUAUUUUAUUGUACAGUGUGCUUGUGCGUGUCGCGCGCGCGCGCGCGUGUGUGUGUUUGUUUGUGGAGUAUUGCCUUAAUAAUGAAAUUUAAAGUUCUUUUUAUCGUUCUAUAUUCAUUCAAUGCAUACAUGGGCAAUGUAGUUUUUAAUAUACACAAAUCCAAUGGCACCUACUAACGUUCCUGUGAUAUUCUAUGCGACUGAUGAGUUUAAGAUGUGACGAAUUACAAUCCUUUUUGUACAACUGGCAACAGAGACCAGUUUUUAUAAAAAUCAAUAUUGUACUUUUAUAUCUUGUAAUUUCAAUUUAUCAUUAAUUUCGGUAACUUCUAAAAACCUACAUUUGAUACUGAUAUACUUCAAUUUUUACAGAUUUUGUACCAGCUUGAUAUUCCUAUCUCCUAAGCGUUAGAAUGAAAGUAAUUUGAUAAUCUUAACGUUGCGUGUUUUAUCGCACAUUCACUUGCAAACAGAGUAACUGUUUGAUUGUAACUGAUAAAAAAAGCUCAUUAAGUUUUGUAAUUAUGAAGCGUAACAUUAUCGAAAAGUGAGUGGUCAUUGCAUGAUGUUGAAAUAUCGAUAUUUUACGAUAUCACCGAUUUUGACCGAUACGAUGUACGUAUUAUGUAUUACUUUUUCAGUGUAAUUACCGGUUAGCAUUACAAAAUCACGUGUAGCGACUUCUGCUUUUUAAAUUGCACAACACUUUAGCAAAAAGACAGUUACGUUCUUACGAAUAUAUACAGGGUGACCGAAACACAACGAUUAUUAAAAGAAAAAAUGUUGAGAAAUAAUGAAACUUUAAUCUUGACUAUCUAUUAAUGUAAAACAGUAAAAAAAAGAUCCAUUUAUAAAUUAAAAUCGGGCACCCUAUAUAUGCACGUUGUUUUAUAUUUCUAAUAACUUUGCUCAGCUGCGAAGUUGUAACUACGAGUAAAACAAACUCGAACGACACGCUAGAAGAAUACUACAGAAAAAUAUUACCGAAAGUAUUCAUUAUGAUUAGUUUAUUAUCGUUGCGACUUUGUAUCAACUUUUAAUGAAAUUGCUUACUCCAUAAGCGUAGCAAUAAAAAAAAUAUAUAUAUAUAUAUUAUCUUAUAUUAUCAGUGACGUGUAUAGACUUGUUAAAUUAAUGUUACUUAUUUGAUGAUUAUCAUCAAAUAGACAUAACGUGUCGUACUACAUGUUAUGUACAAACACGUAGGUUUCGUUAAGGCUCUAUGUUUAACAAAAAAAGGAAAAAAAAAAAGAAAAAAAA